UCCUCCUUCCUGGGUUCUACUUUGCGUGGAAAAAAAAAAGUAUAUUUUUUGUGAAAGCGUAGCGCAUUUGAACCUAUUGCGUCUCAUUAUAAUUUGUUAUAAAAUAAAAGCAUCCUAAUCAACAAAAGAUGUGCAUGAAUUCUUGAUUUUCAGAGUAUUCAUUAGAAAGUGAAACGGGCAAGAUGGUAUCAACGAGACAGAUGAGUAGCGUGGGGGGCGGAGGCGCUGGCGAAGGUUCGGGCUCCGCUCCAGGCGGGGUGCAUGGGGAGCCGGCGGCCGUGCCGCGCGUGACUCGCCACUCCAGUGCCUUGCUGCCUGGUGGCUCAUCGCCGCUCGCAGGCUCCUCCAAAUGCUCGUCUUUAGUGCCUGCGCCCAAGUCUUACUCCACUAAUCUUCUUGAUCUGCCUAUUGAAGUCUUGGAAAAGGUCUUCAGCUAUGUGGGCUUCAAGGGUGUCUCACAUUUGAGAAUGGUCAACCGACAUUUCAACACAAUAUGCAGUGGCAUUUUAAAUUCCACAUUUCAACGGUUGCAAAAUCAGAUGCUUCAUAGGUUUCAAUCAAUAAAGGCAAAGAUGCCAAGAAGGGAAUCAGCUCGGAGAAGCCACCCCUUAGCUUGCGAGUCAGAUAUUAUUGAAACCUUGCACAUGAGGCUGAGUCUCUUACAAAUGACUUUCGGUAAACAUAUUGAGAGAAAACACUGCUGUUUUUUCCCUGGAGAGAUAUUGGAUGAGGUGUAUAGUAUCUUAUCGUAUCUGAAGACUACAACGAAACUAGCAAGGCCUUAUAAAGUGACAGAUGAAUUGUUUGACCUAACCACCAUGGCCAUGGAAUACUUCAAAGAACACAUUGAGCCUAACUUGCCAGAAAUCACAUAUUUUGGUACAGAUUUCUUCGAUAUCACCACAGCAUUUUCACCGGGCGAGAGCAGUAAAUCAUACAUCUGCCUGGACUCCCCGCCACCAAACGGGUUCGAGUCGUCGUCGCAGCAAGCGGGUCCGUCGACGAGCGAGCGGCGCGUGUCCUCGCUCAACUCGUACUCGUACAUGGAGGAGAGCCUGCCGCCUUCGCCGCCGCCGCCGCAAAGCAACAUGGUGCUGAGGAAGCGGAUACACCGCAUCAAGCAGGGCAUGAAAAAGUACAAUGACCAGCUGUCGGCGUUGCGCAGCGACCUGCGCAGUUGCAAGCGCAAGACCGCGCUGCAACAGAAACAGAUUGCGGAGCAACAAAAGCAAAUAGCCGAGCAGCAGAAGCAGACGCUCGAGUACGCCAACCGCCUCGACGACUAUGACAAGAAGAACGAAGAGACUAGCCGGAAGUUUCAGACACUUUUGCAGGAGCUGAACAAGUGUAAAACUGAGCUGCAGUACUGGCGGUCGCGGUCCCCGGCCGUGCCGCCGCUGUGCGCCGAGUGCGGCGCGCUGCUGCGCCUGUCGCCCGUAGUCGCCGGCCAGUGGGCCGCUGGAUCGAGCGCGGAGGUGGCGGAGGUGGAGGUGGCGGGCGGCAGCGGCGCGGCGGGCGCGCUGCCCGCGGCGCUGGGCACGCCCACGGAGCGGCCGCGCUCGCCGGCCGCCGCGCCCGCCGCGCCGGCCGCGGCCGCGCGCGCCGACCCGCCCGCCGACGAGCCCGCCGCCACGCCGCCCUCGCGCCGCCGCGCCUCCGCCGACACCGGCGCCCACAGCGGCACCAACAGCGGCGCCAACUGCGGCACCAACACCGGCACCAACACGCCCGAGCGCAAGAAGCGCCGCCUCACGCGCCCGAGGAAGCUCUGA